GUUGAUGAACGUUUCGGAACUCGGAACACCGAAAACCCGGAAGUAACUGCUUCCGUUUUCGAACGCACCUCAGAAGUCAAACUCCCGAGGCGGCUUCCGUAUUGAGUUUUUCGUAUUAAUUUUUCCAUUUUGAGGCUUCCGUAUUGCGUUUUCAGUUUUCGAACGUUUCGGAAAUUGGACAGUCUUCUGGAAUGGAUGACGUUCAUAAGCCAAAGCGUGUUCUUAAUGUUGUACACCGACCUGGGAUCUUCUGAUAAAAGGCGGUAAUGAAUGGAAUAAAUAAAAAUAUAACUCAAAUGAGGUUUGUGAUGCUGCUUUGAAAGGCGCAAGAGGCCCCACCAGAAGGAGAAAAAAGCAGCGUUCACUUACUGUGAAGAUGCCUGGCACAAUUCUUGGAGUUGGGCCAGGAGUAUUUAUCUUAGCGCUGCUCUGGGUACUGACCUUGCUGCUCUGCGUGUUGUUAUCCAGAGCUUCUGGACUCGCUAGGUUCUCUGUCAUUGUGGUUUUCUUAGCUGCUGUGAUCAUCACAUUAGUUCUGUUGCUUUUCCCUCGUGCCAGCGAGUUGCCUGCACCGGCUGCAGAAAUUAAGAUUGUCGACACCUUCUUUAUCGGCCGCUUCGUCCUGCUGUCCCUUCUCUGCGUGGUCUUCAUUGGGUGCCUCUUCAUGGUUUUGGUUCACUAUGUACUGCAACCAGUGUAUGCCAAGCCCUUGAGAACCCCUUCUGUUUGCAAAGGAGUAUAGGUUGGCUGUAUUGAUUCUGGUCCAUGUCAACUAUAGUAUUAGUAGCUGCUCUUUAGCUAGGACAACUUAUUAAAUAAAGAGACAUUUUUUCACAAUAAAAUUCCGAUUUGACUUUUAA